ACACUCACACACACAAACACGCACAGAGCUGGCACGCAGCAGCUUGGAUGAAGAGAGAGAGAGAGAGAGUGAUCGGACUACUGGCCUCACCAACCAUUCAUGCAUACCUGCUCGGCUAUCUUCGAUGAUGUGAUUUCCCGGGUUCGAUUGAAUCACCAUCGACAGCUCCAUGACUGAUUGGAUUCUACAAAUAUCAGCGAUUCUCUUUAGAAGCUUUGAAAACCGUUUUGGAACUCGAAUUACAAGAGAGACGGAAGGAUAGGUAAAAAGAGAGGUAAAACAGCCAGAUUAAUUAGCAGCUAAUUGGAUUGACAGACGAAUGGAUGAAUAGAUUAUAUUAUGAAUCUAUAAGGUACGUGUACGCAGAUGGAGAUAUAUAAGGUUCAUGUAUAUAUACACAGAUAUACAGUCAACAAGAUAAACAGACACAUAAAUAGAUAAAUUACGAGAGAGAGAAAUGGUAGAACCAGUGCGCGAACACGCAGCUACAGACAUACCUCAACUGAUAUAAGGAAUAUACAUACGUAGAGCUGUACAUAUAUAUACUCGUACUUAAUCAUACAUACACACGCGGACAGCACGGAUUUACAAAACUAUUUCACAAGAGAAUGUUUCCUUCUAAGAAACGACUUUUAAUUUAUUGCUAAAUUGGAAUGAAUUUCAAUGUGGGGAUGACCAGCUGAGACAGACAUCCUUGCAAGACGCAAUGAGUUUGAGGAAUGCCAUACGAGCUCGAUUCCGAAACGCAGACAAAUCUGAGAGGGGAGCUGGGCCCACGGCUGUGGGAGCAACAGGUUGUGGAGGCAGUGUUGGUGUCGGUGGCAGCAUUGGGGAAGAGAAGGAAAAAGACAAAGAAAAAGACGAAGAAAUUUCUUCAGCACCAAGUUCAACGAUGACUCCAGCAGUGAAUUCAUCCAAUCGUAAAGUCUCUCGUCCAGGCAAAAUGAACAUCCCAAAAGAUGAAGAAGACACAAGUACUUUUGAAUUAAUAACUGCUGACCGUGAAGGAGAAAACAGUAGUUUAUCAGGACAAGGAACACCUGAGUCACCUCGCUCAGAAUGCAUUCAUCCACUUAAUUCUGAAGAAAGAGUGAGUUUUGAGCAACAACUGACCCACCUUCAAGAACAGCUGGUGGCUAUUAUGAUAGAAAACCAAGCUCUGAGUAGUGAGUUACAAGAAUAUAAGAAAGCUUGUCAAUUUGAGAAAGUUAAACAAGAACUUGACUAUGAAAAAAGCCGAAAUGUUCAUUUGGAAGAAAAAUGUCAGUCGUUAGAGAAGCGAAGAAGAAAGGUGCAACGGAGCAAAUCUGAUGCAACGCAUCACGUUUCACCGGAUGAGACAGACGCCAAUGAAGUUAAGGAUCGUUCCCUUCCAACAGAAGAUCGAGAAGUUGUCAAUGACUUGACUGAUGUAAAUUCAAUUGGUCCCAAGACGCGCUGGCAACGGAUUUGGGAUGCUGUUGUUGAUCAGAUCUCUGAAGUCAUAAACGAUUUUUCUGAAGUUCCAGAACCAAAUCCAGAAAUUGAUUCUGAAGGAGAUCCUUUAACUGUCCGAAAGCUAAAGAAUAAUAUCACCCGGUUUGGUGCAGUUACACAACCAAUUAUGAACACAAUGCGUGGCCUGAAAAAUCUCAUUUCAUGGAGAUCACCUUCAUAUACGCUUUUUGUUUUCACUGUCUACAUGUACUCAGCUUGGUAUGGUUUGCUGCUUCCUUUGUGUCUAUUCCUCAUUUUCUUCCGACUUUCCAUCAGUUACAUGCGAUACAAAGGCUGGAAUAUCAACCUUCAUUAUUUAGAUCCGGGGGAAAUUGUCAAUGAAUCAGAUGAUAAAGACAAAGGAGUUUCAGAUAAAUUCAGUGUUGUUCUUCAAGUGGCUAAAAAAGUGCAGAAUACAUUAGGCGUACUUGCUGAUACUUUAGAAAAAGUGAACAGUCUACUGACGUGGCGCUAUCCACCUGCUACGAAACAACUCUACGUCACCGUCUGUCUUGCCUUCCUAGUUUCAUGUCUAUUUCAAGCAUCCGCCAUCUUCUAUGUAGCAGGAAUACUUCUGGGAAUAAAGGUUUUUAUCAUUGAUUAUAUGUUUGAACAUUUUCCUCGCUUAAAAGAAAAAUACGAUUCAUCUCAUCGGUUGUGGGAAAACCUGCCAACAGAAUCGGAAUAUCGGAAGAAGACCACAAGAGUCCAGAUUGAUAAGGUUGCAUCGUUUCUUAAUAUCCAUCACCAAGACACAAGUUGCCAAGCUAAAACAAAACCUUUUGAUUUGUACCAUGAGCCUAGCCAUAACAGCUGUAACUCGAAACCAAGGUUUGAAAUCUUAGCUCAUCUUUUGGCAGCAAUAGAUAUAGAUGAUCCAAAAGCAGAAUCCAUAAUUAAAAAGUUCCAACAUAUUCUGGCAGAGAAAUGGGAGAAAUAUUCCAGUGCUGCCACACAUUUCGAAAACGAGCUCUCAUCAUUAAGCCGUGGUUCUUUCACAUUUUCUGAAAAUGCCUUUGAUUUGACACCCAAGCAUAGUUUAGACAUUUUCUCAGUGUUACCACUAUCUCAAGGCAAGUCAAAAGAAUGUAAUACAAACGAACAGAACAUAGAUUUUCAUUCCUCUUUUUCGUCUGGAAUAAAUAUAAUUGAAACUCAGGUGAAUAAUGUUAAGCACAUCCUACCUUUGAGUCAGUUUGAAGACCGAGAUGACAUAGAUCAUAUGGUUGAUCUAAUGACAGACGAUGAUAAAUCAUUUUGUGAAUUAUUCAAUCUGCCUCUUAGUGAAAACCCUCUGCCAGGUUGGCAAGGAGGACGACGCUGUGCAUUGAUUAACAAAGAUAAAAGUUUAACAGCAGCUUUUAAAAAUGGUAAACUGUUUCUCACGCGAAGUUUUUUGUGCUUUGAAAGAACGAAAUCACCAUCAAGCAAGAAUUUUGUACUGCCACUUUCUGACAUUGUCAAGUUGGAACGUGCUAAACCGUAUCCAUGGUUACCUGGUGGAGGCAUGGCUAUUGAAGUCACAAUGGCUGGUUCUGAUAAGCCUUACAUUUUCGGUGCCUUAUUGAAUCGAGAAGAAUGCUACCAAAGUAUACACACAGCAGGUUCUGCAGGCGGCUGGGCCUGUCCGGAACCCUCUUCUGGAUCCAUUUCAUCCUCGUCUUCCUCACCAGUGUCAUCAGCAAUAUCCCAACCAAAGUCUUCUCCACACAAAAGACAUAUCCAGCGGAGUCAAACGUUAAGAUUCGAUGAAAAUGUGGCUUAUGCUAUUUCAGAUAAUGAUAAUCACUGCUGAUGUCAUCAUGACAAAAAAAUUC